AAGGCGUAUUCGUGGACCGACGUCAAGGAUCACGAUAAAAGAAACGAUAAAUGGAUCGUAAUCAAUAAUGAGAUCUACGAUAUCACAAAAUGGUCACGACGUCAUCCAGGUGGCAGCCGUGUUAUCAGUCACUAUGCUGGUCAAGACGCUACG